UGUGUGUUUCAUUGUUUGGUGAUUCCAUACACCUGUGCGAAGCUCGAUCAGCUUGGUGCUUAGUGAAGUGCCCCCGCAACAAGCCGGCGGGGCUUCAGUGGUAAAGGCAGUCGGGAGGCAUGAGAACCAUCGGCUGCAGUUUUGUCUUGCUCGUCAUAAGCUUGGCAGAAGGCGCCCCGGUCGUGGGCCUGUCACGUCGGCCCGGCGCUUCACGCCGCCUGGCAGAGGAAGCGCGGCUCUACGGAGAUCUUACGAGGCUCAUGGCCUUUCAUGCAGACAUCCUGGUGGGUACUCCGGGGCAAAUACAAUCCGUGAUCGUGGACACUGGCUCAGGGCGAACCGCUUUCCCCUGCACCGGCUGUGGUAAUGGUUGCGGAGAGCACAUGGACCCGCCCUUCAAUCCACAGUCCUCAAGCACAUUUCGGUGGGUCCAAUGCGGCGAAAAGGGCUGUAAUUCGUGUUCUGGGAGCAAGUGCAGCUACAAUGUGCGCUAUGUGGAAGGCUCCUCCAUCAACGGGGAGUUUUUUGAAGAUGUCUUGCAGCUGGGAGUGGCCCAGCGCGCCAACCAGAGAGGCCCUGUUUGGAUGGGAUGUCAUUCCCAGGAAACGAUGCAAUUCCGCACGCAGGCUCCAGCCGGCAUCAUGGGACUCAAUGAGGGCGGAUGGGAUGUGGUGAAGGCCUUAGCGGAUGGACCUUUGGAAAAGGAGAUCUUUGCUUUGUGCCUGGCAGAGAAUGGUGGAUCCAUGACCCUGGGUGGCACGAACAGCACCUGGAUGCCAACAACCGUGCCCUUUCAAUGGACCCCAUACAAGACGAAUUAUGUCCUUGACCUCAAUGGCAUCAACUUCGGCGGCCUGGAGCUCUUCUCCGGAUUCGUUGGCUCCUUCCAACUGGACUCCGGAACGACCUGGAGCUACUUCCCCCGUGCUCAGUCCAUGAAGCUGGAGGAGGCCAUCCGAGAAGCUGCAAAGGAGCGGCAGGUCACCUGGGUCUCCAUCAGUUGCCUGGAGGCCACAGAAGAGGAGAUGGACCGCUUUCCGAAUGCGACCUUCCGUUUCGGAAAUGCCAACUACACUUGGCCUGCCAAGGGGUACAUGUUCUUGAAAAGCACAAACACUUGGUGCUUCUCAUUCUUUACUGCCCCACCCUUUCUGCUGGGAGCCUCCUUCAUGAUGAACAAUGCCAUUAUUUUCGACCGAGAAGAGAAGAAGAUAGGUUUUGCCCCAUCCAGCUGCCCGCGCUUUGUCUCGCGCAAUGACCUGGCACCUGGAAUUGAGGAGCUGAAUGGCCCAAGCCGCAACGCCGCCACAUCCUACAGCGAAAUUUCGUUUGCAUGGCCUCAACGAUUUCUUUCAAGAUGGCUACCAUGGACGCUCAUGGUGCCAUGGGCCAUCGCGGCGAUCGAUCGAUGCGAUCGAGCUAUGUAGCGUAGCGCCCCGCUGCCGAGAAAGGACCCGGGACUUCCCGGAUGAGAGAGGAGAUCUCGGCUUGGACCGUUCUUUGGCAUAUCCAGGGUGGGACCGUGCUGUUCCAGCAGGUGACCUGUCAGUCGGACCCGAGUUUCUCGGAUCUCCAUCUCUCGGCUUUAGUUCCUGCCAGGCGGAUGUUUGAAGAGGAUCUAUAUGCCUCACCUACCGCCUCUCCCCACCUCGUGAUGAGAUGCAGAGCAGCUAAAAAUGGGCUGCACUAGGCACUUGAAUGAGGCGGGGCCACUGGGGUAUAGCUCUUCUUGAACCCUUCC